AUGAAGAUCCUUCUUCAGUUCAGUCGAUUCUCUCGACUGCCAGUUCUCCCAAGAAGGGCCAUGUCAUCUAGCUGUCCCAUUCUGGACUCAACAAAGACAAUAGAGGAAGAACGAAUGCCUGCGUAUGAGCGUGGUCUCUACUAUCCAGUGAAGCUUGGUGAUGUAUUUCAUUCUAGGUACCAAGUUAUCAGCAAAUUGGGUUUUGGGGCAAACUCAACGGUGUGGUUCGGUCGUGACUUGCAACACCACCGGUAUAUAGCGCUGAAAGUAUACAUCAGCAGCUCGAGGGGCAACCAAGAGGUGCGCGUAUUGGAGCACCUUUCGCGGAUAAAGUCACAGCAUCCUGGCAGCAGUCUCGUCCGCCAAAUGAUAGAGAAAUUUGAGCUUACGGGUCCCAAAGACAUACAUCAGUGCAUUGUUUACGAACCUCUGUCAACAAGCCUCCUGCAUUUCCAGGCAACAUUGGACCCAAUGAGCCUUCCUGAGGACCUACUAAAAGGGGCACUGCAGCAGCUUUUACUGGCCCUUGAUUAUCCACAAUCAGAGGCGCAUGUAAUACAUACUGAUAUCCAAGCAAAGAAUAUCAUCAUUGCUGCAAAAGACGAUUCAGUUUUCCGGGAAUGGGCUGAUGGCAGAGGACCAGACGGUUGCCAUUCAGAUGCGCAACUUCUGGCCGAAAUGGUAGCGAUGCUGGGGCCUCCACCAGUGGGAUUGCUUCGUAAAUCACCUCGCAGCCUGGAGUACUGGGACUCGUCAGGCCAAUGGAAGGCAUCUGAGAAGAUCCCAUCUAUUUCAUUGGAUGAGUCAGAAGAGUAUCUAGAAGGUGAGAACAAGCAGAUGUUCAUGAACUUUAUGAAGAAGAUGCUUCGAUGGGAUCCAGAAGAGAGACAGAGCGCCCGCGAACUAUUGACAGAUCCGUGGUUGACAAGUUCAUAGUGAACUGUAUUAGUAUCAGGGAAAAUAAUGUACAAUAGCUUAAUAUACAAUAUAAUAAAC